AUGUCUGGAUCAGAUACCGCCCUUCUCAUUCUAUUGAUCAUAACGUUGUCGUUAACGGUAUUUACCCUACUUAUGAUUACCUCCCUUACGGACCCGUACUGGUAUUUACAUAUUUUGCCCUUUACACCUCGUUAUAUAAAGAAGGUUAGGAGCCAGCGUAUGUCAUCAAUCGACUUAGACUUGGAACAGCAAAGUAUUUCAAAUGUGGACGAAUCAGGGAGCCAUAAUUCGACAACCAAUGGUUCAAAUAUUGCAUUGGAUAGUUAUCCCAUGGGCUCAUCAGUUCUGGAGAGGAAUAACAAUGUGCAUGGAAACCAGCUUAGUGGAAAUGAAUCUGCUGAAGUAGCUUCUGAUUCCUCAAGCAACAUUGGUUCUCAUUGUGAAACAGCAGCCCCAAUUCCACAAACCCCUGUCGUGAGAAAUAUACCAGCAACAGCAGAUGAUACCUAUGAGAGUAUAGGGGGUUUUGGAAGUACUUCCGAGGAGGUUGGUGGUAUGGAACGGAGGCAGACUUUAGACUAUGGUUCAGCGAUGAAUCUUUCCAGAUUCGAAGUUAUUGGCACAUCUACAGAUGCUGUUUUGACCAACGAAGAUGGCAAUGAGGUGCUUCAUCAAACCAUAGAUGAAAGUCAAGUUGCAAAUCCAACAAUAAUUGCUCAUCCAGCUACAUCUACAUCUGUAUUUGACUCAGCUCAAAUUCAAUCAACUCCCAGCACACUUUUACUUGAAGAAGAAACCAAUGAAGGUGUCAAAAAAAAGGCGAACACCGAGUUAAUUCGAGAAGCAGCUGAUCAACUUUCUGACAACUUUAUAAGAAUCGGAGACUUGGUGAUUGUAAUCAGACCUUUUGUUGGCGCAAAGAAGUCUGAUUUUUCUUUAUUACAACCAGGUGACUUGAUUCGAGUCAAUAAGUUCUAUGUCGUGGACCAGGAUUUAGAAUGUGGCACGCCUCUCAAAUCAAAAAGCUCCAAAUUAGCUGAGCAAAACUCAAUCAUUCCUAAAGGAGUGAUUGGUUUGGAAAAUUUAAGUAAUUCACUGCUGGAGGAUGACAGCUCUCUGGAAGAUGGCCAGACUCAGGAAAUGACUGUGACAAAGACCGAUGCUAUAUACAAUAAAUUGUAUUGUACCGGCUUGCUUUUAAGUACGUAUCUCAAGGAGUCAACAUCACAGGAGUUGAUUUGGCGCCAAAGGGAAAGGUCAGAUGCAACUGAUGUAAAUUCGCUGACAAGAGAUUUUCCUUUAAAUGUGGUUACUUUGGAAGAAACUUUGAUCAGAGGAACAUCAAGAAAAUGA